AAAGAGCCGCAGUGGCAAAUUCAAUCAGAUCAACUGCGGGCUUCCUCCGUCAGACAAGCUGGGCUUUAUCAUACUGGGAGGGUAUCUGGGCUGUUCUGCUGCUUGCUUUUUUUUAUUUGAUUUUGUCUAUCACAUCUUUUUCUCCUGUCUCGACAAAACUCCGUAACGUGUUCGUCAUCAUGAAGGAAAGGAGAAAUACGCAACCGCUGGUGGUGAGAUGUAAACUGGUUCUUGUGGGAGAUGUUCAAUGCGGAAAAACGGCGAUGUUGCAAGUGCUGGCCAAGGACUGCUACCCAGAGACCUAUGUGCCUACGGUGUUUGAAAACUACACAGCCUGUCUGGAGCUGGAGGAGCAGCGAGUAGAGCUGAGUCUGUGGGACACCUCAGGUUCUCCAUAUUAUGAUAACGUGAGGCCCUUGUGCUACAGUGACUCAGAUGCAGUCUUGUUGUGUUUUGACAUCAGCCGCCCAGACACAAUGGACAGCAGUCUCAAAAAGUGGAAAAGUGAAAUCCUGGACUUCUGUCCAAGCACACGGAUCCUGCUGAUUGGCUGCAAGAUAGACCUCCGCACAGAUGUGUGCACGCUCAUGGAGCUGUCCAACCUGAAGCAGACUCCAGUUACCUAUGAGCAGGGCUCUGCUAUGGCCAAGCAGCUUGGUGCUGAAGCUUAUCUGGAGUGCUCAGCUUUCACCUCGGAGAAAAGUAUUCACAGCGUGUUUCGGACCGCAGCAAUGGCCUGCAUCAACAAGCUGCAGCCCCUCCCGAAGUCCAGCCCCACCCGCCGGCUCUCCAAAAGACUCCUCCACCUGCCCAGCAAGUCGGACCUUCUCUCCUCCACCUUCAAGAAAGAAAAGACCAAGAGUUGCUCUGUGAUGUGAAGGAGGGGAAGAGGGGGUUCAGGUCCUUGUACGCGACUCCCAGCCCAAGCCUAUUUGGUCUCGGGGAAGGGGGGUGGGCACGAUAGUUUUAUCAGGGCUCUCCUGCUGAAUCCUUCCCUCACCCCCCGAAAACCAAACAAACCCUCAGAAGAGGCGGACACCUAGCUGUCCGCUCUCUCCUGAACUUUCGAGCGCACAUCUGUCUUUUUUUUUUUUUUUUAUUUCGCUUUUGAAACUAAACAGUACCCGUAAAGGUUUGGUUCCAUUGAACUAUCUUUAUUUUUCCACCUGUAAACAAACUAGAACUUUGUUCCACCUGUCUGAUUUUACUAUCCACAGGCACAUCUUGGUUUUAUCCAAUAUGGAAGUGUGCAAUGUUUAAUCUUGUGACAUCAAUGCCUCUCAGAAAAACUCAAUAGAUAUUUUUCUAAGUAAGUAAAUCAAUCAAGCAUGAAACUGUCGGUAAUUAGCAAAAAUCCCGUCAGUGUGGUGUGCGAGGUGUCACCUGUUUUACCCCUUUCUGCUAAAAACAAAUAAAUCAACACAUUACGUACAGGGAGAACAGAGGCAAAACCCACAGAGAGCUAACACUCGGAGAGCUGUUCCUGCCAUCUGGGGGUGAUGUGAGCGGGAGAAGGCAGCGCUGCUGUGCAGACAGGAGUCCAGCCUUCAUCCACCUGCAUGGGCUGAUGAUCGGUAGCUGUGUAGCUCUGAGCGGCACCGCUUCACGAGCUUUCAGCGGAGCAAAAAAAAGCUGGUGAGGCACAACAUUUGUAAAAAAAAAAAAAGGAAAAAAAUAAAAUAAAAAAAGAGUAACUGCAGAAACACGACCCGUAAAUAUGUGUGGAGGUUGGACGAGGCUUCCGUUCACAGUAGGAGCCCAUGUUUCUGCUAAUGUAUCAGAAAUAGAAAGGUAAAGAGGCUUUUGCUGACAUCAGGAGCAUAAACACACAAGCUUCGAGCUUUGACGCUGCUGGGUGUUACUUACGAGGCUGCGCUUGACUACUUCAAGGGUUUGAGGCAGAUUUUGAAAUAUAAGAUCAUUGCUGCUUGGGUCAGAUUGACUUUUAAUGUUAAAAAUAUGCUUUGUUUUAUCGAGUACUCUCCAGAAAAGAUUUGUAGCAUUUGCAAUGUUGACAGUUUUUUUAAUCAGUUAUGCAGUUUGAAAAUAAUGCCUUUCGUACCACGUUCCCAGAAGGUCAGUGAGAUUUACCCAUACUGGAAAAGGCCUGUGGAUAUCCAUUACUCUAAUGUAGCACUCCAAGUUUAACUAUUCUUCCAAGACAACGACAGGUCAUGUUUUGCGCACACUUGAAUCUCUCCAAUAAGCAUUGCUAACUAUGGCCGAGAACGACGGCAGAGCAAAACUCUGAUGCUUUUUUUCCCUCGUCGGCUUAAAUCUUUAGCUUCAUGGUUGUGUGUCUGUGCAGCUGCGAGUUCUGCGCUUCUGACCGUAAAGCAAUAAUGAUUGAAGUGCUUGUGAUACACGGUGUGGCAAUGGAGAUGCAGCUUUGUGAUUACUGUCGCGCUCUAAGUGGUUGGUGGUAAGAUCUGUCAUUGAUCGAAACCAUCUCUGCUGUACAAACCGGCUACUGAUCUCUGUCUGCCCAUUCUGUGCAGCCGCUGGAUUUUGGAAGAACCAGUGAUCAUGUAGAAGUAGAAAUAGAGAUGUAUAACGGGAGACAAAGGGAACUUGCUCCUAUCUGAAAAUGUUUAUUUUUUUGCUGAUGUUGGGUUUGCAGCACCUUGCAAAAGUGUCCAUACUGCCUAAACUUUUUUUUGCCUUCUGACACAGAGAUACUUGGAUCUAAACCAAUCUAUUUAUGGUAACCUCUAGUUGUACAUUUAAAGUUACUGCCCUGCUGGAAUAUGAACCUGUUCCCCAAUCAUAAAUCUUUUGCAGCCUCUAACUGCAGGAGGCUGCCACCUCUCUGUUUCACCAUGGAGAUGGUGUGUUCAGGGUGACCAGCAGUGUUAGUUAAGUUUGCCGUAGAUGGUGCAUGCAGGCCAAAAAGUUCAAUUAUUGUUCCAUUUCACCAGAGCAUGUUCCUCCACAUGUUUGCUGGAUCAUCUAGAUACUUAUUUCCAUCAAACUCGAAAUGAACUGACCUAUUUCUCCUUACAAUGGGCGAACGUAACAGGGCACAGCAGCGCUGCAGACGUACAGCACUUUUUUUUUUAUAGCUGCUAACCCUAACAUUUAAGACUGUCAAAAGCAGAGAGCUAUUGCUGAAGGUUUAUAACUCUCAAAGCAUGGCAAAUACAUCUGGGAAGAAAAGUCAAAGGCAUUGUUUGGAUGUAUUUUAUCUAUGAAACCGUCAAACAGAAAAAGCUGUCAAUACGCCCUUAUUUGAGCCUUAAGUGGUUGCUACAAAUAUGAGUAGGCGCUGGAUGGGGCAGAGCAAUUUAAAGAUCAAACUUUGAUGCUUAUAGGAAUUUUAAAAAUGUCAGUAAAGCUCCUGUAACUACAACAGCAAAGUAAAGUUAAUCUUAUCUGUUUAAAUAUUGUUAGCUUACUGAAAGCCCCAUUAUGGCUCUGUCCUUCUGAAGGCACAAAAUGACGCACAGCUGAAGUGAAACGUCCAACAUUGAAUGGAUCAGUUUUGCACCUGAAAAUGUCAAGUAUGACAUGACGUGAAUGGACGAAAUGACCAGUCAUGACUCCUCCGUUCAGUAGUCAAGGAACUCUAAUUGAUCUACAAAGACAGUGUGAUGCCAAAUAACUGCUAACAUAGAAACCGAGCAGAGCUGCUGCAGAAUAAAUUUGCUUAGACCAGAUCCUAGUUUACACUGUAAAGAAACCGGUUUUCCAACAACUUGUUUAACUCAGUCAAAGCUACAUCUCCAUCUGGAGAAUAAUUACUUGUCGCUGCUGUUAUCUUGUCUGUUGUUUUGUUACACAGUAAAGCAACACUUAUUCUUUCUUUCUUAUAAAGAACUGCAUGCAUUCGAAACAAAAACAGUACCCAGCUUGAGACUUCAGUAUUUUGACAACCGUCCCUGUAGUGGGUCUCUUUCAACAGCUUGUUCCUCUUCAAUAAAGACCAGAACUGUUGAGUCCAAAAGCAACAUGACUCCUUUACUAAUUAAUUUUGUCCUUGCCGAGCCAGUCAGACAAGAUGGACAGACAUGAAUCAGGUUCGCAGUUCUUGGCUAUCAUGCCCUAAAAUGAGAUGUUGGACUGAACGCUGUUUAGAAACAGUUUCAAAGCUUGGGAUAUCGGGAUAUAACCCUAACCCUAAACAAUUAGAUGAUUUCUGAAGGUUAUUGUUUGCACUGGAUUUUAUUUGGGGAUCUCAGAGUAAAUUUGGUUAUAUACAAGCGCAGGCCUCACUUUUCAGAUUUUAUCCGGAAUAGAAGGUGAAAAUCAUGCAUUCCCUUUCACUUCAUGUUUAUGCACUACUCUGUGUUGGUCUAUCGCAUAACAUUAAAAAAAAAAAUCUUAAAAUGUGAAAAUACUAGAAGGCUAUGAAUGCUUUUGCAAGGCUGUGUAACUGCGUAGCUUGAGUGAGCUGACAAUUACACAAUCAGAGAUAUACUUUGUAAGGGAAUCAUUUUUCACUAAGGGCUAGUGUUUGAUGGAAAAUAAAUAAAAGAAGGAGAGACUAAGGGGAGCAAGUAAUCAAACUGCACAGGCUGGCCCUGUCCAAAGAAAGCUAUUUUUCCAUUCUUCUUUUAUGUGUAUUUUUCACUAUUUAACGCAUGAUAUGAGAUCUCAUGUUAUCUUGGAAAUGAUCUUCCUGACAUGACCGUUAUGUCUUAACGGUGCUGUGGACUCCCCCUGGGUUUAGAAGAGCUUAAAGCAGUCAUUCGUGCAAAGGCUCCCAAAAUUCCAGACUUUGGCUCUGCCACCACUUGUGAAGUCCGAUUUAUUCAGUCAACAGGCAGACGUCCCCAAGUCUAUGACUAUAUCAUUAUGUAACCGUUUAUGACCAAGCAUUAAAAUUAAAAAAUACGUUUUUUGCUGAUGUUUUUGUCUGAUGCAAAGCCUUUGGAUGAUGGGUUGGCCAGGCGGCUCAGUGACCAUGUCAGUUAUUAUGCAGCCUUUGUGUUGUAGUCAGUGUGUGGUACAAAUGGUGCAGUCAAACUCCUACGCAUGUCCUAUUAAACUUGUAUGAUUGUAUAUACUGUCUUCUGUUUUAUAGUUAUAAAAUUACUGUUCCUGAUGUUAGUAUUUAUUUGGUGGUUAUAUUUGCCCCUUUUUUUCAGUGACAUAUAUGUUUGUUUUAAUUCUGCUUUUCAAAUUAAAGCCUUUUUUUUUUUUUUUGGUUUUGUUUUGUUUAUGUUUACUGCUGUGUUAAAUAAAGCGUUUCCUGGAACAUC